UUACUCGCCAGAAAAUUCCAUCCACAAAGGCAUUAUUUCUUGAAAUAGGGAUUUCUGAGGAAUUUUGCCCUAAAAAUCCCGACUUUAAAUAUUUAAAUUUCUACCGCCAGCUAACGGCCAUGCCAACUGCCAGUCUUCUCUCUGCAACUACCUCAUUUUGUUUCUUUUUCAUUUUUAUCCCCAAAACCUCCAUAAACACCACACCUGAUAAAAAUCCAAUUCCCAAAUACUCACCAUUCCCAAUCAUCUCCUCUCCAAUCCCAAUCUCGGAUGCUAAUCGCUGAUCCGCAAGUCGGGUAAUGGCUAUCUCCCUUCCGUUAUCCGUUCUGUUUCCAAAGCUUACCGUAUCUUACAGUUUCGGCACGUCUACCGUCGUCUCUCUGACGCUAUUCUUCAUCCUCCUAUGCGCUUGUAUCGUCAUCGGUCAUUUCCUCGAAGAGAAUCAAUGGGCUAACGAGUCGAUCACCGCCCUUCUUUUGGGUUUAUGCGCUGGAGUAGUGGUUUUGGUAGCCAGCAAAGGGAAGAACUCUCGUAUACUCGUUUUCAGCGAGGAGCUUUUCUUCAUCUAUCUUCUUCCUCCGAUAAUCUUCAAUGCUGGUUUUCAGGUCAAGAAAAAGCAAUUUUUUCAUAACUUCUCGACAAUCUUGCUAUUUGGAGUGGUUGGCACACUGAUAUCUUUCUGCAUCAUUUCGUUGGGCGUGUUUUUUCUAUUUAAAAAGAUUGGUGUGUCAUCCUUGGGGCUUCAAGAUUAUCUAGCUCUUGGUGCCAUCUUUUCUGCCACGGAUUCAGUUUGCACAUUGCAGGUCCUCAAUCAAGAAGAAACACCCUUGCUUUACAGUCUCGUAUUUGGGGAGGGGGUAGUGAAUGAUGCUACUUCCAUUGUACUUUUUAAUGCAGUCCAAACACUCGACUUCAACAACUUUGAUGCUAUGACAGCCUUAAAACUGUUUGGGACCUUCCUCUACCUGUUCUUCACGAGUACUGCACUUGGUAUUGCAGUGGGUCUUUUAAGUGCAUAUGGCAUAAAGACAUUAUACUUUGGAAGGCAUUCAACAGACCGUGAAGUUGCAAUCAUGAUGCUUAUGGCUUAUUUGUCUUACAUGUUGGCAGAGCUAUGUUCUCUCAGCGGGAUUCUAACAGUUUUCUUUUGCGGCAUUGUUAUGUCACAUUAUACGUGGCAUAAUGUUACUGAAAGCUCGCGGAUAACAACUAAGCAUGCAUUUGCGACAAUUUCAUUUAUUGCGGAAACAUUUAUUUUUCUAUAUGUUGGUAUGGAUGCCCUAGACAUCGACAAAUGGAGAACAAGCAAGGCAAGCGUAGGAACUUCAGCUGCUGUUAGUGCAACGCUACUAACUCUGGUUCUAAUUGGGAGGGCUGCCUUUGUAUACCCUCUUGCAAUUAUUGCAAAUUGUUUUAAAACCAGAGUCAGCACAAUUGUUGAUCUCCGUCAACAGUUUAUAAUUUGGUGGGCGGGCUUAAUGAGAGGUGCAGUUACUAUCGCUUUAUCCUACAACAAGUUCUCUUCAUCUAGUUCUUCAACAGCACAAGAUCGUGCACUUAUGAUUACCUCCACCAUAAUUGUGGUCCUCUUCAGCACAGUGGUGUUUGGGUCAAUAACAAAGCCUUUGAUUAAUGCAAUGUUGUUUCGACGAAUGAAACCAGAAAAUCCAGAUUCUGAACCAGCCAGCUUGGAAGAUAUACGACUCCUAUUUCUCGAAAGGGAAAAUGCAACUGCAGCUGGACACCCAUUACCAAAUCCUAUGAGAAGUAGCUUAAGCUUACUAAUAAGACAUCCCACCUCAACUGUUCACUACUUUUGGAGGAAAUUUGAUGAUAGAUUCAUGAGACCCGUGUUUGGGGGACGCGGCUUUGUUCCAUUUAUUCCUGGUUCACCAACUGAUGCUGCAGAUGAGAGUGUUUGAAAUUGAGGGUAGGCUAAAUGCUUUAAUUUUUUGUUAUUAUUUUAGUAUAGGGAGGCCAUGUUUUUCAUACUUUUUUGGUAUUGCUCAACAAUUCAUUACACUGCAUUAUUAUAAAAUGAGGUUUGUGAUGCCAUACUUGGAAGAGGCUUAUGUAGAAUUUUAGGUGUAAGUCCAUGGAUCAAGGUUUUGUACAAUUCAUUUUUGUAUCAUAUCAAAUAAGUCAAAUUCUUCAAAUGGAGCUUUGAUUAUAUUGAUUA